ACGAAUGACCGACUGACGUGUCACGUCAGCGGUAUUUGACGUAAAUAUUGUAUUUAUUUCUUCCCAAAAAAGAAGUUAUUUUAAUAAAAAUAUCUGGAUAUUUAGGGCAAAAUGCUUACAAAAUUCGAGACGAAGUCCGCUCGGGUUAAAGGCAUAUCAUUUCACGCCAAAAGACCGUGGGUUUUAGCUAGUUUGCACAAUGGUGUGAUUCAACUGUGGGAUUAUCGUAUGUGCACAUUAUUAGAGAAGUUUGAUGAACACGACGGCCCGGUCCGUGGGAUCUGCUUCCAUAUUCAACAACCAUUAUUCGUAUCGGGAGGCGAUGACUACAAGAUCAAGGUAUGGAACUACAAGCAGCGGCGGUGCCUGUUCACACUGCUCGGCCACCUGGACUACAUCCGCACCACCUGCUUCCACCAUGAGUACCCCUGGAUACUCAGCGCUUCUGAUGAUCAGACAAUCAGAAUCUGGAACUGGCAGUCGCGUCAAUGCAUCAGCGUGCUGACGGGCCACAACCACUAUGUCAUGUGUGCUCAGUUCCACCCCACCGAGGAUCUGCUGGUGUCCGCGUCGCUUGACCAGUCUGUGCGAGUGUGGGACUUCUCUGGCCUGAGGAAGAAGAGUGUGGCUCCAGGCCCGACCGGCUUGGCUGAUCAUUUGAGGAAUCCGCAGGCCACUGAUUUGUUUGGACAGGCGGACGCAGUGGUAAAGCACGUGCUAGAAGGCCACGACCGCGGCGUGAACUGGGCGUCGUUCCACCCGUCGCUGCCGCUCAUCGUGUCAGCCGCUGACGAUAGGCAGGUCAAGCUGUGGAGGAUGAACGAUGCUAAGGCAUGGGAAGUGGACACGUGCCGAGGCCACUACAACAACGUGUCGUGCGUGGUGUUCCACGCGCGCCACGAGCUCAUCCUGUCCAACAGCGAGGACAAGAGCAUCCGCGUGUGGGACAUCACCAAGCGCACCUGUCUGCACACCUUUAGGCGGGAGCACGAGCGUUUCUGGGUGCUAGCAGCCCACCCUACGCUGAACCUGUUCGCGGCGGGGCACGACGCCGGCAUGCUGCUGUUUAAACUACAACGAGAGAGGCCAGCGUAUGCCGUGCAUAAUCAUGUGCUGUUCUAUAUUAAAGACAGGCAACUCCGCAAGCUGGACAUGCAGACGAACCGCGACGCGCCCGUCAUGCAGAUCAAGGGCAGCAACCGCCACCAGCCGCACAGCAUGUCGCUAAACCACGCGGAGUGGUCCGUGCUGGUCAACUGGCACAUCGGGGACAACACGACCUAUGAGCUCUACAGCAUAUCCCGGGAGGGAGGCGAGGCGGCCCCGGAGCCUCUGAGGGGGACUGCAGCCAUGAGCGUGUGGGUCGCCAGGAACAGACUCGCUGCGCUGGAUAGGAAUAACCAGCUGGUAAUCAAGAACCUGAAGAACGAGGUGUCCAAGAAGAUAUCUGUGCCCAACUGUUCGGACAUCAUGUACGCGGGCACCGGCAUGCUUCUACUGCGGGAGCCCGAGUGUGUGCAGUUGAUGGAUGUGCAGCAGAAGAGGACUAUUGCUAGCGUGAAAGUGACAAAAUGCCGCUACGCCAUCUGGAACUCUGACAUGUCGAUGGUGGCGCUCCUGGGCAAGCACACGGUGACCCUCUGCACUAAGAAGCUGGAGCAACUGUGCUCCAUCACUGAGGGGGCUAGAGUCAAGUCCGGAGCGUUUGACGACUCGACGCCACAGCCCGUGUUCAUUUAUACCACGGCUAAUCAUAUCAAGUAUUGUUGUCGGGAUGGAGACUACGGCAUAAUCCGCACACUGGACGUCCCAGUAUACGCCGUCAAAGUACUAGCUUCGGAGGCGGGCGCGCGCGUCGUGUGCCUCGACCGCGAGGCCAGGCCCAAGGUGCUCAACAUCGACCCCACCGAGUACAGGUUCAAGCUGGCGCUGGUGACCCGUCAGUACGACCAGGUGCUGCACAUGGUGCGCACCGCCAAGCUGGUGGGGCAGAGCAUCAUCGCCUAUCUGCAGGAGAAAGGUUACCCGGAAGUGGCUCUCCACUUCGUAAAGGACGCGCGAACUCGGCUCUCGCUGGCACUCCAGUGCGGCAACAUCGAGGUGGCUCUAGAGGCGGCCAAGAGCCUCGACGAGCCCGCCGCUUGGGACAAGCUGGCUAAAGCGGCCUUGUCUACUGGGAACCAUCAGAUCGUAGAGAUGUGCUACCAGCGCACCAAGAACUUCGAGAAGCUGUCGUUCCUGUACCUCAUCACCGGCAACCUGGACAAGCUGCGCAAGAUGAUGAAGAUAGCGGAGAUACGCAAAGACAACUCGGCGCGCUUCCAAGGGGCGGUUCUGUUGGGCGACGCGGCGGAGCGGGCCGCCUUGUUGGCGAGCAGUGGACAGCUCUCUCUAGCCUACCUCACCGCUCUAACCCACAAGCAGCACGAGCUAGCCGACAACCUGAAGUCUAGUCUUGAAGCGGGGGGUCUGGCGGUCCCCGCGGCGGGGGCGGGGGCGCUGCUGCGGCCGCCGCUGCCGGUGGUCAGGGGACAGCCUAACUGGCCGCUGUUGGCUACUUCCAAGAGUUUCUUCGAAGUGGCGGGCGCGACGGCGGGCGGCGACGCCGGGGUAGCAGUAGCCGCGGCCGAAGCGGAGCCGCUGGAGGCGGCCGGCGCCUGGGGCGACGAUGAUGAUGUGCUGGCUGAUGAUGAUAACAAGGAUGAAGACGAGCCGGCCAUGGAGGACGCGUGCGACGACGGCGGCUGGGACGUGGGUGAUGAGGACCUGGACCUGCCCGAGGAACUGGCGCCAGUGUGCGCGGACAUCGACGGCGACGAGUCCACAGAAUACUUCGUGGCACCAACUCGCGGCUCGGCCGUGGCUUUCUCCGCCAAGUUGAAGACGGCACACGACCACAUCGUCACUGGACAGUUCGAGAUCGCUUUCAGACUACUGAACGAACAAGUCGGCAUCGUGAACUUCGAGCCCUACUCGGAAACAUUCUUGGCGAUGUUCGCGAGCGCGCGCAUGACGUUCGGAGCCCUGCCUAGUGUGCCCCCGCUCGUGUGUCAUCUACACAGGAACUGGAAGGAGGCUAGCGGCAAGGAUCUGCUGCCGGUUAUCGCGGUGAAGCUCAACGACCUAGUCACAGCCCUCCAACAGUGCUACCAGCUGACCACCGCCGGCAAGUUCACCGAGGCCGUGGACAAGCUGGAGAAGGUAGCUCAGAGCGUCCCGCUGUUGCAGGCGGAGGGCAAGGCCGAGCUGGCGGAGGCGCAGCAGCUGCUGGGGAUCUGCCGCGAGUACCUGCUCGGGCUCAAGAUGGAGACGUGCAGGAAGGGCCUCCCGAAAAACACCUUAGAAGAGCAGAAGCGCUCGUGCGAAAUGGCCGCGUACUUCACGCACUGCAAACUACAGCCGGUCCACCAGAUCCUGACCCUCCGGACGGCCCUUAACAUGUUCUAUAAGUUGAAGAACUACCGAACAGCCGCCUCCUUCGCCAGACGACUCCUAGAGCUGGGACCGAGGCCCGAAGUCGCGCAGCAAGCCAGGAAAAUACUACAAGCGUGUGAAAAGACGCCUACUGAUGAACACCAGUUGUUGUAUGAUGAGCACAAUCCCUUCAACAUCUGUGGUAUCAGCUACAAGCCUAUUUACAGAGGCAAGCCGGAAGAAAAAUGUCCGUUGUGUGGCGCUAGCUACCUCCCCGAACAGAAAGGCAAGCUAUGCCAGGUCUGUGGCGUCGCUGAAAUAGGGAAAGACGUGUUAGGGCUGAGGAUUUCGCCGCUACAAUUCCAGAGAUAGAUUUACCGUGUGCUAUACUAAAUGAUAAUGAAUAUGUUUAUGAAUUAUGGUAAUGUAACUGUAUGAUAGAGUAAUUAUAUAAUAAAGUAUUAUUGUAUUCCGGUUA